UAGAAGAAAAAGAAAAACACUCCCUGCAGUGCCACAAAUGUCUUGAUUAAUUGAAAAGUCUCUUACUUGUUUAUUCUGCCUCAUUCAGGGCUGGAUGAGGAAGGAGACACGCUGGAGAAGAUUAAAAGGAAGCAGAAGAAAUAAUUUUAUUAGAGAACUUAAAGAAAGUAGCUAUUAUUUUCUACUUGUUUUUAUUCAUUUUUUUUGCAAUGGACACAAUGAAGUUAUUUCUGUCAGUGCUAAUGGGAAUCGUGCAUUUUCUUGCUUUACAAGCUGCUGCACAACUCACAGAACUAGAAUGCUGCAAACUUGGAAAUAGCUGGGCAACACAAAAGCAAACCUGUGCUUCCUUACCCCAUGGCUCUGAGACAACAGACUGCAGGGUCAUCCAAGAGCUGUGCUGUAGUACUGCAUUGGAGGAUUCUUACUGCAAGGCUGGGAUUCAGAUGUACACAGACACUGAUAAGACAUGCCAGUUGGCUCAGAAUUUUUCCAGUUGUGAAGAAACUUUUGUGAAGAAAUGUUGCCACUGCUGCCGACUGGGAAAAGCAGCCCAGCUUAGAGGAGGAAGUUGUGAAACUGAUAAGUUGGGUUAUAGCUGCGGACAAGCCUUCAGAGCAUGUUGUGUGGCAGGAACACCUGCAGAAUCUUCAGACAGAGUCUCUGAAGCCAGACAUGAAGAAAACUUGUAUACAGACAACUGCAAGGCUAGUCCAUGUACUCAAGGGUGCAGAGAUACAGGUGAUGGUGUUUCCUGCUAUUGUUAUCCUGGAUACCAUCUCAAAUUAGAUGGUAUAACAUGUGAAGAUAUGAACGAAUGUUUAGCAUUUUCAAACCUAUGCCAGACUGGAGAAAAAUGCAUUAACCUACCUGGGUCCUUCCGGUGCCAGCGUGUUAUUAGCUGUGGAACUGGGUAUGAGCUAAUGGAUAAUAAUGUAUGCCAAGAUAUUGAUGAAUGUAAAAUGGGAACUGAUAACUGCCCUCCAGAAACUAUCUGUCAGAACACCCAGGGAUCAUUUCGGUGUAGACCAAGAGAAGUCUGCUCCAAUGGCUACAAUCAAGAUGCUUUAGGCAGGUGCAUUGAUAUCAACGAGUGCCUUGGUAAUCCAUGUCCAGUUGGCCAGGGUUGUAUGAACACACCAGGAUCCUACACCUGUCAACGAAAUGUGAUGUCCUGUAGUCAGGGUUAUCAAGUCAAUGCAGAAGGAACUCGUUGUGUUGAUAUUGAUGAGUGUUCAGAAGGUACUACUCCAUGUGGGCGUGGCCACACAUGUGUUAACGUCAUUGGUUCAUAUCGCUGUGAUUGUCUAAUGGGAUACUACUUUGACAGCAUCAGCAGACGUUGUGUUGACAUAGACGAAUGUCGACGUUAUCCAGGACGUCUGUGUGCCCACAAGUGUGAAAAUACUCCUGGCUCCUUCCAUUGUAGCUGCACAAUGGGCUUUAAACUUUCUGCUGAUGGCAGGAAUUGUGAAGAGGUGAAAGAGUGGAGACUGUUCGCUGUACUAAGUAUUGUCGAGGAAAUGACAUGACGUGUAUAUCAAACCCAGUUCAUACAAUCUCUCAUACUGUUGUUUCGUUGCCUACAUUCCGAGACUUUACAAACCCUGAAGAAAUUGUUUUCUUGCGUGCCAUCUCUCCCUCCUACUAUCCAUCCCAAACAGACAUAAUAUUUGAUAUAACAGAAGGAAAUACCAGGAAUUCUUUCGAUAUCAUUAAGAGAAUUGAUAACAGUGCAACAAUAGGUGUUGUCCGUCAGAUCAAGCAAAUCACCGGACCCUUCAGUAAUGUUCUUAAACUGGAAAUGAACAAUGUGGUAGACGGCAUUAUUGCAUCUCGUAAUGUUGUCUAUGUUCAUAUCUUUGUUUCCGAAUACUGGUUCUAAAGAUGCUUAUAAUUUGAAAUACAGCAGGCAACCUUUUAUGAAGCAACAAGCCUUAAUCAGACAAACAAAUAAAUAAAAAUCUACUAUGCAAAAUAGGUGUUUGUAAAGUUUCCAUUCUACUCACCAAUAUCUGCAAAAUGAUUCAGCUGGCAACAAGAGAACAUACAUCUAAAGAGUCAAGUCUUUAUAAUAUAUCACAUAUUUAAUGUGAACAUAGCUACCUAUACCUUACCCCCACACAUACACAGAAAUAGAGAAGAUAGAAUGUUUUUCUCAUUUUAUUUGCUUAAGGUAUGGCAUCAUUUUUAAUGUGUGAUUCUUUAUACUGGCAUUAUUUAUCAGUUAGAUCAGUAUUUUUCUAUCUGAAAAUAUUGACAAUAUUCAAAUCAUUUGGAAAGUUCAACAUUCAGUUGAAAGAGAUGACUGGAUGCAGAGCAAAGGCUUUGAGAAAUAAUAUAUAUUUUUUCUUUUGUGGCUGUAUAAAACAAUAGGUAGAAGGUGAAUAUUGUUGUUAUAGUUUCUACCUGACAUAAUGAGACAUUGAAUACAAACAGACUUUCUACACAACUGUGCAUAUGUUAUAAUUCUGUGUUUCAAAAACAUGCCAUUACAGAAAAUAACAACCAAAAUUAAGCUCUGUAGGCCAUUUUCAUGUUUUUUUUUUUUUUGUUAAAUGAUGUCAAGUGAGAUAUUUUACAAACAUUAUUAGUUGACUAUGGCCAACAAUGCCUGUUACAUAAUGGAUAAUAACAUCUAUAUUGUGUCUGUUGUGCAUCUCCUUUACUGUGUUUAAAUAUAAACAGUUUUGCAUGAUGGUUUCAUCACUGUAGAAACAGUGAAAAAAGUUGUUACUUACACCUAGGCUGAUCAUGUUUCUUUUACCCAACAGGUAAAGUGCAAUACAUUCAAGAUAAAUCAGAGACCAUACUGUCAUUAUUAGCACUCAUAAAACAAGACUUUUUAAACUGUAGACUUUUUAUAUUUGCUGAAGCUUGAGACAUAGGCAUAGAGAGGAAUUUUAUAAAUGUAUAUCAACUUCCAGAAUGUACACUCCUUUUCCCACAAUGGUAUACCCCUCAACUCCAAACCAUGCUUAUUUCUGGAUAGUAUGUAUUUUCACUAUUAAAAAAGGUCCAGAAAUGACAGGUUUAUAAAAAAGAAGAAGAAAAAAGAAAGCCAUUUAACAAAAUAAAUAACUAUAAACCAUGUUAAAUAGGGGAAUACAAAAUAACAUUCAAUGUAUCUCAUUCUAUUAAAUAACUGUAGAAGACAUAUGCUGUGGCAUACAUGGUAUAUGCCAACUGACCCUCAAAGCUGGAGUCCUGAAGGCAAAAUACCUUGUAUGCAUCACUUCCAUAGAGCACUGGACUUGACUUAGGCCUCAAACAGAAAACAGCCCUAGUGUAGAAGUCUGUUGUUUAACUAAAGAGAAAAAAGACAAAAUAAUCUGUGUCUGUUGGCAAAAACAUAGACUAAAUGGUACAACAACAUGUUGCAUGCCAUACUGAUAUUUAAGUCACAAGAUCCACCAAUGACAGAAUUUUGACACUGACAAUCAAUGGUAUUGGUUACCACAAAAUUACAGUGACUGCAUAGGGGUGGGGUGGUUGUUGUAAAACUUAUUGCAGGGAAUGGGCAAUGGAAAUUAUGCUUGACUCCCGGCUAUUCACCUGCUAUUCCCCAGGCAAAAUUAUUCAUAAACUACCUCUUCUAUGUACACAUACAUGACAAUGACUUUCUCAUCUAUUUUCUGUAUUUUUCUGCCUUCUACUCUUUUUAUGAUAAAAUGCAUAUAAUUUUAUCUCACCUAAUGAUUAUGUUGCUGCAAAAUAUACUUGUUUAUUUCAUAAUUACUACUUUAUUCUUUGCCACAUUGUAUGUAAUGCUGCUAAUGCUACCUGAGCAUUCUGUAUAUUAUAUAUUCAUAAUUAUCUAUUUAUAAAAUCAAAUACUUAUAUGCAAAAUGAAGUACAAUGAGCAUAUAAAACCAAGUCGUACAUUUAUUUAGGUAAGUGCCUUCACCACAUCAGCGUGGCUUCUUCAGACUUUAAUGACACACGUUUGUUCAACAUACACUUAUAAAACAUUUUAACUUAAAACAUCCAAUAAUAUGCAUUGUUCCCCCCCUCAUUAUUAAUGACAUCAUCACCCAAGCUUUCUUAAAGGCAUAUCAUGCUUUAUAAACAAAGUUAAGCAUUUGAGCACUCCAUCACAACUGAAAUAUAUUUAGACUUAUAUAUACACAAAGUCACCUAGGUAAGCCUCUAGCUUUGAGUAUGGGUUUAAUGGAAACCAUUUCAUUAAGUCCAGCUCCCUUCUCAGCCCUGAGUUUCAAAAUCCAUCCCAGUUCUGCCCCUUCAGUUUUAUUCUCUUCAUUACCCAUUCUAGCUGUUUCAUGUAUAACUUCAAUCACCCUGAAUUUAAAAUCAUGCUCAAGUCUAGGGUUCAGAACAUAUUUAGCUAUGGCAUGAUUUUUAUUUCCAUUCUUAACACUAUAUAAAUGUUGUCUAAUGCGUUCCCUAAGGGUACGAUCUGUCUUCCCUAUGUAAAAUCUUUGACAACAGACACAUCUUGCCAUAUACACUAUAUGUUUAGUGUUACAAUCAGCCCUUACAUUGAAUCUAUACUGUUUACCAGUAUCUGGAUGUAACUUUAUCUGGAUAACAAGGUAGUUUUUUUCAUUGAUUGGCAGUUUUUAUAACAAUAAUUUGGAUUCGUUCCCACCAGUUUAGCAAUCUUUUCAUCUGUUAAGAAAAUGGGCCAAUUUUUUCAAUCACUUGCUUUACAGUGUUAGCAUUACUGGUAUAAAACAUAGUAUAUUUAACUUGUCCGUACCCAUCUCUUUUAUUCAUAGUCACUUCUGCAUCUUCUUUCUCUGUUCUCACUUUCUCAAAAUAUGGCUUUGCCCUUCCCCCUCUCAUUCCUUUCACUUCAGUCAAGAUUCCCUUCGUCUCAUUUUGUUUAUAUCCCCUGGCUCCAAAAUUACUCUCCAGUUGUUCUGUCCCCUUAUUGAAGACUUCCUAUUUAUGUUGUAACCCUGACAUUCUCAUCCCCUGGCCUUUAACUACAUUUUUAAAUACUCUCCUGGGAUGCAUGCUAUCCCUAUGUAGAAUGUGAUUUCUAUAACAUUCUUUUCUAUAAAGACUGGUGGUAAACAAUAAAUCAUGCUCUCUAGUAACCAUAACAUCCAAAACCUCAAUCAUAUUUGAAGACUUAGUAGUAAACUUGAGAAAGUCAGAUGUAGUGUGUAGAAACUCCACAAACAUUUCUAACUGUUGGUGCGUUCCCUCCCAAAUCAAAAACACGUCGUCCACAAAAUGGUGGAAAAAUGUAACUUAUUUUUUAAAUAUGUCUGUGCAAAAAAACUCUCUCAGUUUCCCAUUGUGCUACCACUGAAUACGCAUAACUAUUUGCACAGCUUGUACCCAUGGCCACUCCAUGUUGUUGCAAAUAAUAUUGACCAUCAAACACAAAGACAUUAUUAUUCAGCACCAUUUCCAUGAAACUGCAUAAUAAUCUGUCUUUCAUCAUAACUACUACAUUCCCUUAAAUACCUCCUCAUGUAUUCAAUACCUUGUUCAUUGAGUAUAACCAUAAACAAUGAUAUUACAUCCAUAGUUACCAACAAAGCGGAUUCACUCAAAGAGCAUGUAUUAGUAAAAGUGAAUAAAUCUUGUAAAAAA